CAGCCCCGGACGAUAAAUUCGCCGCCCGCCUGGCCCCAGCAAAGCAAAGGCCGCAGCGAUAACCCCACGGUUGCCUUCGCCUAUCCGAGACACCCCUGCCGCCCAAGAACGGCUCGCCGAGGCGCUCCGUGUCUGUGGCCGCCGCCUAUAGCAGCAGCGGCGGCAUAGCCGCGGCUCCGCCAUCGUCCAUGGCCGGCGGAGGCGGGGACGAGCACGGCGGUGGGUCGGGGGGCCGGCUGGAGAGCAUCCUGACGGACGCGUCGUCGCCGUGGACGCGUCGCGCGUGGGCGGCGGGCGGCAUCGAGCUGCGGCUGCUGGCGCGGCUCGCGGCGCCGGCGGUGGUCAUGUACAUGAUCAACUACCUCAUGUCCAUGUCCACGCAGAUCUUCUCCGGCCACCUCGGCAACCUCGAGCUCGCCGCCGCCUCGCUGGGGAACACGGGCAUCCAGAUGUUCGCCUACGGCCUCAUGCUGGGCAUGGGCAGUGCGGUGGAAACACUCUGCGGCCAGGCCUACGGCGCCCAGAAGUACGAGAUGCUGGGCAUCUACCUGCAACGCUCCGCCGUGCUCCUGUGCGGCACGGGAAUCCCCCUAGCCGUCAUCUACGCCUUCUCCGAGCCGAUCCUGGUGCUCCUGGGACAGUCACCGGAGAUCGCCCGCGCCGCGUCCAUCUUCGUCUACGGCCUGAUCCCGCAGAUCUUCGCCUACGCCAUCAACUUCCCCAUCCAGAAGUUCAUGCAGGCGCAGAGCAUCGUGCUCCCGAGCGCCUACAUCUCCACCGGCACGCUCCUGCUGCACGUGCUGCUGAGCUGGGUCGUCGUCUACAAGGCCGGCCUGGGGCUGCUGGGAGCCUCCCUGGCGCUCAGCAUGAGCUGGUGGGUCAUCGUCGCCGCGCAGUUCGCGUACAUCGUGAUGAGCCCCAAGUGCCGGCACACCUGGACUGGGUUCAGCUUCCAGGCGUUCUCGGGCCUGUGGGACUUCCUCAAGCUCUCGGCCGCGUCUGCAUUGAUGCUCUGCCUCGAGACCUGGUACUUCCAGGUCUUGGUGCUCAUUGCUGGGUUGCUCCCGAACCCUGAGCUCGCCUUGGAUGCGCUCUCCGUAUGCAUGACUAUUUCAGGGUGGGUGUUUAUGAUUUCAGUAGGAUUCAACGCCGCUGCGAGUGUCAGAGUGAGCAAUGAGCUUGGUGCCGGCAACCCAAAAUCUGCAUAUUUUUCAGUGUGGGUCGUGACUGCGGUCUCUACACUAAUCACCAUCAUCCUUAGCAUUGUGAUCCUCUGCCUGCGCAACUACGUCAGCUACUUGUUCACGGAGGGUGAGGUGGUCUCAAACGCCGUGGCAGACCUCUGCCCGCUGCUUGCCAUCACGAUCAUCCUCAAUGGAAUCCAGCCUGUUCUGUCAGGUGUCGCUGUUGGGUGUGGAUGGCAACAAUUCGUAGCCUACGUGAACAUCGGCUGUUACUACGUAGUUGGUGUUCCCCUUGGCGCCCUUCUCGGGUUUGUCUUCAAGCUUGGUGUAAAGGGUAUUUGGGGUGGUAUGAUUGGAGGAACUGUCAUGCAGACGGCCAUUUUGUUGUGGGUCACCUUGAGAACUGAUUGGAGCAAAGAGGUAGAAGAAGCACAGAAGAGGUUGAACAAAUGGGAGGAUAAGAAGACGGAGCCCCUUCUUGCGGGGGUCAGCAAUGGCAAUUAACUGAAACUUCACUAUCCAUCAUCAAUCAUGCACGAUGGACCCUGCAAAUCUUUCCCCGGAGUGUUUAGAUUUUUUUUUACAGUAUCAGUGAUAUCAAGCGCUGAGAAAUGGCAUACAUUGAGAAGCAGUGUACUCACAUGUGACUAAUUUAGUGAGGCAGAAAGGAACCGAGGUAUCUUGUAUGGUUGAGUCAGAGAAUUCGAGGCCUACACUGGAGUCGACAAUUUAAAAUUUCAAAAUCGUAUAUGAUCGGAUGGACCCUGAAGCAAACUAGGUAGUUGGAAGAGUGCUAUAGCUAGACGGAAGCUUUGUAGUUUGGGGUGUUCUAACUCCUGAACAUUUUUCCGAUGCGAGUCAGCAUUUUUCGAUUGGGUAUGGUGCACCGGAUAGGCUAAGAAACAAUAUCUUGGUGCAUUUGUCGAGUUAGGUGAUGGCAGUAUCGGAACGGUGCAGUAGGUAAAAGAAAUGGUGAGAUGUGUGUGUGUGCAUAUGGAUGAACAUUACAAGUGUCCGCUCAAAAAAUGUAGAGAAGCAAGAUGGUGUACAUAACAUAAAUAAAAUAGUUGUAUGUA